CAUUUCAAACAACUACAGACACCCACUAAUUAUCUUGUAUUAUCUUUAGCAGUUGUUGAUUUCCUGGUAGCAUCUAUUGUAUUACCUUACAGUAUGAUUAGAUCCAUUGAAACAUGUUGGUAUUUUGGACAUGUGUUUUGCAAAAUUCAUUCAGUUCUUGAAAUUGUAUUAACAAUAGUUUCAAUUUAUAAUGUAUGUUUUAUUGCUAUUGAUCGCUACUAUGCUAUUUGUGACCCCUUGCUCUAUUCCAUAAAAAUAACUGUGCCUGUGACAUUUAUCAUUCUUAGUUUGAUCUGGUUAUUUGCUAUCUAUUAUGGUUUUAAUGUGGUUUUUUUGGACUUCAGUAAAAAGAUACUGUCUGAUUAUGUGCCUACUAUGGCCUGUGAAGGCAGCUGCAUUGCUUAUGCUAAAUUUGAGGGACAUAUGGAUUCUUUGAUCAUAUUUUUCAUUCCUAUUUUGAUCAUUCUGGGUGUAAACAUUAAGAUAUUUUUUGUGGUAAAAUGUAAACGUGGCAGAAAAAUUGGAAAUUUGCCAAACAAUGACACGGGGGAAAUAAAUAAAGAAACUUUGCAUAAUAAGGAACAAAUAGCUGUUAAAAAUCAAAGUGCAAUAAUGGGAAUUUUUACAUUCUCCUGGCUGCCUUUCUAUGUAAAUAGCAUUCUUAAUCCAUAUUUUGACAGUUUAAUCCCAACUCCUUUAGAUGAUGUAAUUACAUGGUUUGGAUUCUUUAAUUCUACUUUGAACCCAAUGCUUUAUGCUUUUUUGUAUCCAUGGUAUCGGCGAGUACUAAAACUUACAUUUUCUUGUCAGAUAUUUACCUCGGAUUCAGCUACAAUAGAUUUAUUCAACUGGUUUAAUAGCCUUAAUUUUAUGUUACUGGGUUUCACCCUUUGGACAUUUCUAAAUUUAAUCUCUCUACUAUUGAUGAUCUUGCUUUCAGUUGAUAAUCCCGAUCAAUAG